AGUGACAUCAGCAGGCUGGGAGAAUAAGGUGGGAGAGCAGGGACAGAGUGGACUUACAGUGCCAGGAUCUGAAGCCUGUGUCUGCAGCAACCAAUAGCACAGAGUCACCAUGCAGAGAUCCCCGUUAGAGAAAGCCAACAUCUUUUCCAAGCUCUUCUUCAGUUGGACCAAGCCAAUUUUAAGGAAAGGUUACAGGCAGCGAUUGGAAUUGUCAGAUAUUUAUCAAAUUGCCACUGAAGAUUCUGCCGAUAAUUUGUCUGAACGGCUUGAAAGAGAAUGGGACAGGGAACUGGCAACGUCAAAGACCAACCCCAAAUUAAUAAAUGCACUGAAGCGAUGCUUUUUCUGGAAAUUUCUUUUUUACGGCAUCUUAUUAUAUCUUGGGGAAGUCACCAAAGCCGUUCAACCUCUUCUUCUUGGAAGAAUUAUAGCUUCUUAUGACCAAAGUAACACUGUAGAGCGGUCCAUUGCUUAUUACUUGGCGAUUGGCUUGUCCUUACUCUUUGCAGUCAGAAUGCUCUUGCUACAUCCGGCAAUAUUUGGGCUUCAUCAUAUAGGGAUGCAGAUGAGGAUAGCAAUGUUCAGCUUAAUUUACAAAAAGACCUUAAAAUUGUCAAGCAAAGUUCUGGAUAAAAUAAGCACAGGGCAGCUUGUAAGUCUGCUCUCCAACAACCUGAAUAAAUUUGAUGAGGGGUUGGCCCUGGCACAUUUUGUAUGGAUUGCGCCACUUCAAGUAAUACUUCUUAUUGGUCUAAUCUGGGACUUGUUGCAGGCUUCAGCCUUUUGUGGUCUGGGCUUCCUUGUUUUAAUUGCAUUAUUUCAAGCAUGGCUAGGUCGAAGGAUGAUGAAGUACAGGGAUCGGAGGGCAGGGAAGAUUAAUGAGAGGCUUGUGAUAACAUCUGAAAUUAUUGACAACAUACAAUCCGUGAAAGCCUAUUGCUGGGAGGAUGCCAUGGAGAAAAUAAUUGAAACAUUAAGACAGACUGAACUGAAACUCACCCGGAAAGCAGCCUAUGUGCGAUACUUCAACAGCUCAGCUUUCUUCUUCUCAGGCUUCUUUGUUGUCUUCCUUUCAAUACUUCCACAUCUGCUUCAAGAAGGGAUUACCAUCCGUAAAAUCUUUACCACCAUUUCAUUCAGCAUAGUGCUGAGAAUGACUGUUACACGUCAGUUCCCCUGGGCUGUACAGACUUGGUAUGAUUCACUGGGAGUCAUCAAUAAAAUACAGGAUUUCUUGCAAAAAGAUGAAUACAAGUCCCUUGAGUACAACCUGACAACCACAGAAGUGGCAGUGGAGAAUGUUACAGCUUUGUGGGAUGAGGGGUUUGGAGAAGUUUUCGGGAAAGCAAUGCUUGAAAAUGGAGGUGAUUCUUCUAAGGAUGACCCAAAUCUGAUCUUUAGUAACUUCACAUUGCAUGUUACACCAGUACUUUCUAACAUCAAUUUCAGUCUAGGAAAGGGAGAGUUACUAGCAGUUGCUGGGUCCAAUAAAAAAGGUAAGACUUCUCUUCUAAUGAUGAUCAUGGGAGAGCUGGUACCUUCCUCAGGGAAAAUAAAACACAGUGGACGAAUAUCAUUUUCUCCUCAAGUGUCCUGGAUAAUGCCUGGGACCAUCAAGGAAAACAUAGUGUUUGGGGUCUCCUAUGACCAGUACAGAUACCUGAGUGUCAUCAAGGCUUGCCAACUGGAGGAGGACAUUGCAAAAUUUCCAGAGAAAGACAAUACUGUUCUAGGGGAAGGAGGAAUCACCCUGAGUGGAGGACAGCGGGCACGAAUCUCUCUAGCAAGAGCGGUGUACAAGGAUGCUGACCUCUACCUACUGGAUUCUCCAUUUAGUUACCUUGAUUUGUUUACAGAGAAGGAGAUAUUUGAAGGCUGUAUUUGCAAGCUAAUGACCAACAAGACCAGAAUUCUAGUUACCUCAAAACUGGAACAGCUGAAAAAAGCUGACAAAAUACUCAUUCUUCAUGAAGGUACCUCCUACUUUUAUGGAACAUUUUCAGAGCUUCAAGAGCAACGUCCAGACUUCAGCUCCCAGCUUAUGGGAUUUGAUGCCUUUGAUAAUUUCAGUGCAGAAAGGAGAAAUUCAAUAUUAACAGAGACCUUGAGACGACUUUCCAUUGACAGUGAACCCAUAGUUGCUAGGAAUGAAGCCCGAAAUAAGUCCUUUAAGCAGGCAGCAGAAUUUAUGGAAAAGAGGAAAAAUUCUAUUAUAAAUUCUCGGAAGUCAAGUAGAAAGUUUUCAAUCAUGCAGAAAGCUCAGCCACAAAUGGGUGGAAUUGAAGAAGAGUCCCCUGCAGAACCAGAAGAAAGAAAACUAUCCUUAGUUCCAGAUUCAGAACAAGGGGAAGCCAUCCUACCACGGAGUAACAUUCUCAAUACAGGUCCAACUUUUCAUGGUCGAAGGAGACAGUCAGUACUGAACCUAAUGACUGGUACAUCAAGUCCACAAAGUCAGAUUGCUUAUGCAAGAGGAAAUGCUUCUAUUAGAAAAAUGUCAAUGGCUCCACAAUCGAUAGUAGCACAAGAAUUAGAUAUUUAUAGCAGACGUGCCUCGCAAGACAGUGUCAUGGAAAUCAGUGAAGAAAUUAAUGAAGAAGAUUUAAAGGAGUGUUUUCUGGAUGACACGGACAGCGCAUCACCAACUACAACAUGGAGCACUUAUUUCAGAUAUGUCACCACUCACAAGAGCUUAAUCUUUGUUCUUGUUCUUGUCCUAGUGAUUUUCUUGGCAGAGGUUGCUGCUUCAUUGGUUGGUCUUAUGCUUAUCAAAGAAAGCAAUCUACAUAAUAAUAAUAAUAAUUCAAGCACUAAUGGGAAUGACUCCUCCAAGUCAUCAGUAAUCGUGACCUCUACCAGUUCUUACUAUGUAUUUUAUAUCUAUGUCGGCGUGGCAGACUCCCUUUUAGCUUUGGGAAUCUUUCGCGGUUUGCCUCUUGUCCACAGUCUGAUAUCUGUCUCCAAGGUCUUACAUCAGAAAAUGCUCCAUUCAGUUCUACAUGCUCCAAUGUCCACGUUCAAUACGAUGAGAGCUGGGCGGAUAUUAAACAGAUUUUCAAAAGAUACAGCUAUACUAGAUGAUCUUCUUCCACUGACUAUUUUUGAUUUCAUACAGUUGAUCCUUAUUGUGGUUGGGGCAAUAACUGUGGUUUCCUUACUGGAGCCGUAUAUCUUCUUGGCUACCGUACCUGUGAUCAUUGCAUUUAUUUUGCUUAGAUCCUAUUUUCUCCACACCUCCCAGCAACUGAAACAGUUAGAAUCUGAAGCUCGUAGUCCAAUUUUUACUCACCUGAUAACAAGUUUAAAGGGUCUUUGGACACUUAGAGCAUUUGGCAGGCAGCCUUAUUUUGAAACCCUUUUUCACAAGGCACUGAAUGUACACACUGCAAACUGGUUUCUCUACCUGUCUACACUGCGAUGGUUCCAGAUGACCAUUGAGAUGAUCUUUGUCAUCUUCUUCUGUGCUGUUGCAUUUAUCUCCAUUGCAACUUCAGGUGCUGGUCGAGAGAAAGUUGGAAUUGUACUGACUCUGGCAAUGAAUAUUAUGAAUACCUUGCAGUGGGCAGUAAACUCAAGUAUUGACGUGGACAGUUUGAUGCGCUCUGUCAGCAGAAUCUUUAAAUUUAUUGAUAUUCCAAAUGAAGAUACCAGCAAGCACAGCAGUGAUAAGGAUGAUAAACUUUCAGAGGUUCUUAUUAUUGAGAAUGAAUAUGCAAAGAAAGAUACGAACUGGCCAUCCGGUGGUCAGAUGUCUGUUAAAAAUCUCUCUGCAAAGUAUGUGGAUGGAGGGAAUGCUGUUUUAGAGAAUGUAUCAUUCUCAGUCAGUCCUGGGCAAAGGGUCGGUUUGUUAGGAAGAACUGGUUCAGGAAAGAGCACUUUGUUGUCUGCGUUUUUGCGACUGCUGUCAACCCAAGGAGAUAUUCAGAUCGAUGGGGUAUCCUGGAAUAAAAUACCAUUCCAGAAAUGGAGGAAAGCAUUUGGAGUUAUUCCUCAGAAAGUGUUCAUAUUCUCAGGGUCAAUCAGAAAAAAUCUGGACCCUUAUGGAAAAUACAGCGAUGAAGAAAUAUGGAAAGUCACUGAUGAGGUUGGUUUAAAGUCAAUCAUUGAGCAGUUUCCAGGCCAGUUGGAUUUUGUCCUUCUCGAUGGUGGAUGUGUUCUUAGUCACGGCCACAAGCAGCUCGUAUGUCUGGCCAGAUCAGUUCUUAGCAAAGCGAAAAUUCUCCUGUUGGAUGAACCCAGUGCUCACCUGGAUCCCAUAACAUUCCAGAUCAUUAGGAAAACUCUGAAACAUUCAUUUGCAAACUGUAGCGUUAUCCUAUCUGAGCAUAGGCUGGAAGCCAUGUUAGAAUGUCAGUUUUUUCUGGUAAUUGAAGAGAAUACUGUUCGACAAUAUGACUCCAUUCAGAAACUGAUGAAUGAAAAGAGUUUCUUCAAGCAAGCCAUAAGUCAUUCUGACCGCUUGAAACUAUUUCCACUGCACCGUAGAAACUCCAGCAAGAGGAAGUCCCGCCCUAAAAUCACUGCCUUGCAGGAGGAGACAGAGGAGGAAGUCCAAGAGACAAAACUCUGAUCGCCAACCAACAUCCCUGUGGACCCAUUUAAAGUUUUUUCUUUUCUUUUUCUUUUUUUCCCCCUCAUAUGAAUCCAUG